AUGUGGUGGUUGAUGCAACAUUAUUUCGGUAUUGGCAGUCGAAUGCAUCAUGUACGUCUUCGUUGGGGGCAUUUACGAUUGGUUUCGGGUGUUGUUGAUCCUCUCACUGGAGAGUUAUGCGAUGCGGUUGAAUAUGUUGGUCCAUCAGCAUUCACAACUGCCAAGGCAUGUGCACUACUUGAAUCUAAUCCUUCUUCACAGGAAUCACCUUUUCGUCGUGUUUAUCCUUCUUCUGGAUGGGGUGAGGCUGAGAUUGCAGUCGCGGCUGCAUUAGCUUCUGAACUUGGUAUGAAUCGUCCACGCGUUCGCCCUUUGGAUACUGAUCCGUCUGUACCUCCAGUUCCCGCUCGUUCAGGUCCUGAUUUUGUAUCAUUGUAUAAAUCAUUCGCUAGACAUAGACAACAAGCUUCAUUACUUCCAGAUGCACCUUUUUAUGUUCAACCUUUACAGAAUUCAGCUUCUGCUCUCCAAUCGAAAGCUGCUAUUGCAUGGUUCAGUAUUGGUGCAUUAGGCAAAAAUCGAAUUGGUGCAUUAAUGCGUAAUAUCGUUGAUAAGGUUGUUCGACCAGAUAUGCCUCGUGUUGCAACAGCUGCAUUGUCAGCAGCGACUACUGCAUGUGUGAUAGCAGCGGAUAGAGCAGCACUGGCACUGACUGAUUGUCACACCUCGAAUACUUCAGAUCUUAGUAAUCGUCAACAAUCAUUAGUUGAUAGAUUAUCAUGUCUAUUGGGUACCAAUAUGUCGAAUACAAUGAAUAUGAAAACUGAUAUAUUGUCCAAUGAAUCACCUUCUAACAAAAACAAUCAUAGUAUGAAUAUUAAUUUAAGUAAUGAUGACAGUAGUGGAACGAUAAAUAAGACUAAUACAGUGUUGCUUUCACGCUUAGAAAAUCCUGAGACAAAUGUACUUCUUUUGUCAUCAUCAUCAACAGGUCAAUUGCCAUCAAUGAUGACAACACAUUCAGAUAUUCGUAAUGCAAGUCAUUUAGUUUUAAAAUGCCAAAACUAG